GUACGAUCAAGGAGUUGCAACGGCGGUGCAGAAUCAGUCAUCAACGACCACAGCACGACAAAACAUUAACAAAGGUAGUAGCCGGACCAACGGUAACCUAGGCAACCGGAGCACUGGUAACUAUGGUAACGGCGGUGGACGCGGUAGAGGGCCCGGUUUUGGUAACCGGGGCAACGCUUCUCCUUUGGUGAAUCCGGCGAACACACAACUGGCUACACGCCUUGCACAGGAACUGACGGAUCAGAGCUACGAGUGUACCGUGUGCUACGAUACAGUAGGACGCAAAGCAAAGGUGUACAGUUGUGAGACGUGCUACAUGGUGUUCCAUCUAUCCUGCAUCUCCCAGUGGGCCAAGGCGAACGCUAAGAACAACAGCGCCAG